UCCGUCUUACAAAGCGUCGAAAGGUAACUAAUACCGUUAGCUCCUUUAGCGUUUCUUAUAUUCUAACUUAUCGACUGUGAUGGAAGACCAUCUUACCAACCGUCAUCAUUGAAGUGAAUGCGAUCGUUGCGCUAUGCUACGCUUGAAGGACCCGUAUAUCAAUACUACAGGUUUCCAUGAUGGCGACUGUUACUUGGGUUUAUCGACCUUGACUCUGUUGGCGUGUACUAUGCGAUUGCCAUGGUCGAUGUAGAAAAGCAGCGUGUCACAAAUGUGUUCCUCAGAGGGAAAGACCCACCAUGGUUCACGACGGUGGCAGCCCCACCAUUCUCGGCAGCGUCGGCAUCCCGAGCCGCCUACCGCAGUUCAAUAGAGUAUAUAAGCCGUGUAGAAUGGUCAUUCUGCCUUUCACUUCUCGGAGGUUACUUCUUCGUCAAAACUUCGAAGUUAUACUUUCGUCAGAGCUUUUUACCGACCACAACGGAAAAGUUAGAAAUCACAAAUUUACCGUCAACCACUUCAACAGAAGUAUAUUUAAAUUGUAUUAAUCGUCUGUGCAAUAUACGUGUACAAUACACCGAAAGAUGA